AUGUCGGUCGGCGGCCAGCUCCAGACUACAACACAAAACAUGGACGAUACAGAAAAAUCGUGUCCGAAAUGCGUAUUCGACCGUCUGCCACCGGAAAUGAUCCGGUUCAUAUUUCGAAAGCAGUCAACGGACGAUCUUCUGCAGGCGUCGGCCACCACCGACCGGUUGUACAGAGUGGCCCAGCACCACAUGUAUGCGUCGGAAGGUGCGCUGCUCGUGCGCGGUGGCCAGGACACGGCGGCCACCGUGACGCGGACGUUCGACGUGCGGAACGUGACGUCGCUGUACCUGGUGGACGUGUACGACUUUGACCGGGACGUGCCCCGACAACUGCGGCGAUGCUACGACGACAGCGAAGACGUCGGUGAAGAUGUCAGUGAAGACAGCGGUGAACUUAGCGAUGGGGAUGACGACGACGACGACAACGAACUUGGUGACAAAUGCAACGGCAGCCGAACGACGUCGUCUGCGUUGGAAGUGUUGCACGUGGGUUACGGUCGGGACGUCAGUUACACCAACUUGCCGGUCGACAGUCUGCGCCGGUUGUUGUCCGGCGUCCGUGCCCGGCGGGUAUGCUUCAGCAACGUAGUGAUGACGGCCGACGACGUGGCAGACGCGGUGUCAGCUAUGCUCGAGGCCCGCGACGACGCGGACGCCGUAGUCGUCAAUGACAACAGUGACGAAGUCGUCAAUGACAACAAUGACAACAAUGACGACGACAACGACGACUACUACGGCGACGAUGACGGUAGUGACGGCGGCGACGGCGGUGACGACAUCGACAGCCGGCCGCCGGUGCUCAGGUGCUCGCACGACCGAGCAGACGACAACCGAGUGAUGGAACUCAUGGAUGCCGUCGAGCGCACCUGCGCCGGUCUGUUGUCCGAGUUCAGGGUGACGAUCCGGCGGCCGGCCCCACACGCGUACGCCGUCUACCCGAUGUCCCGGUGCGGUAGCGCGGCCUCCGUCAACGACUGGGACAACGCGGCCACCGCCGCAAACGCCGCGUCCGCCGUGGCCGCUGAGACGCCCGAAGACCUGCUUGCGCUCACCGCGGCCGACUGUUCCGGGUUGGGCCCAGCCGCGUAUAGGCGGUUGGUGCCGGCGUGUCGCCGGUUGCGCCGGUUGACCAUGAAGGCCGCUCGGCAAGUGGACGACGACGGGUUCGCGGCCGUGGCUGGGAUGCUGUCGCUUCAACACCUAGACAUGGAAGGCAUGUCGGAAGUCACGUCCGACGGCCUGCUCAGCGGUGAGUUGAACGCUAUUUUAUUUAUUUACAUGACUUACACUAAGGGCCGUAUUCAUAGUCGAUGA